CAUGUCUUUAAAAAUGUAACUUGACUCCUUCAAUGUUUAUUUUAAAAAUGUAUAAGAGCUGUCAAAACAAAAUCAGUGAUGUUUGAAUAACUUGUUUAUCAAGUAACAGCAAAUGGGGUAGAGUUUUCGCUCUGUUGCACUAUAUUAUUAACUUCCUCAUUGGUAAGAGUGUCUCCUUCACCACGCCGCCAUGCUAGCUUUGGGUCUGAUAAUAACAGUACUACCUAUUGUUUAUGGAUAUGAAAAUAUAGCUUUCAAUAACCCAACGUACCAAGCGCAUGUUUACUACAGUUCCAAUAGAAAUUACGGACAAGCUACCUUUGAUUCCAGUAAUGCUGUUGAUGGACUAAAAAGUGUGUUAACAGCCUACGGAGGACAAUGCACGAUAUCAGCUGAUGGGUACAGUAAUCUGACUUGGUGGGUAAACUUGACGUCCAUCCACAGCAUUCAUGAUAUAACAAUAUACUACAGGACAGACGAUUCCACAUGGGGUUUUUCAAAUGGCUACACUACCCGAUUUUUGGGAUUUUACGUUUAUGUUUCCAACACAACAAACAGACAUCAUGGUUAUCUAUGUUUACACGAUGAAAAGUACACUAGAGCCACAAUACCGGCUGUUGUCAAUAUAAGGUGCCCUGUUCAUGGCCAGUACGUCAUAUAUUACAAUGAAAGACCCCAGCCUUCACGUGAAAAUGCCUGGGAAUUGUCCCAAUAUGCACACGUUGAAUUGUGUGAAGUUGAAGUUAAUGGCUGCCAAAAUGUAGGAGUCUAUGGUCCAGAUUGUUCUCUCCCUUGUCCUGAUACAAACUGUCGUUAUUGUCACAUAGAGACAGGUGCAUGUCUGGGAUGUAAACCUGGGUACAAGGGACAUCAGUGUGAACUACAAUGUGAUAACGGAACAUACGGCUCUGUAUGUGGAGAGAGUUGUGGAGCGUGUCAGGAAUACAAACAAUGUCAUCACAUCAAUGGGUCUUGUCUCGAAGGCUGUGAUUCUGGGUUUGAAGGGGAUCUUUGUAAAGACGUUUGUUCGGAUGGAAAAUUCGGUAUAACCUGUAUGGAACAAUGUGAUGAAAAUUGUGGUGUACCUAGCAGAUGCAAUCGAACAACUGGUGAAUGUUUGGGCGGUUGUCAGCCUGGUUUUGAGGGACUUCAGUGCAAAAAUGAAUGUUUAAACAAAAGGUUCGGCAAGAACUGCAGUCAACACUGUGGCAAGUGUCUAGAUGGAGAUAAAUGUCACAAUAUCAAUGGAACAUGUUUAAAUGGAUGUAUUCAGGGAUAUAAAGACUUAUUAUGUUUAACAGUAUGUGAUCCAGGAACGUAUGGCAUGAAUUGCUUAAAGAACUGUAGCAGCCACUGUGUAAAUAAUACUUGCAAUCCACAUAAUGGAGAAUGCCCUGCAAUGUCGAAAACGUCUCCUCAACAAGGCAAUGGUAACAAUAUUGGGACGAUCAUUGGUGGGGUUUCUGGAAUUACUAUCGCGUGUAUCGUCGUUGUUAUAGCAGUUCUUACUUUAAAACGAAGGCGCAGUUUAAAGAAAGAUAACAGGUCCAAAGCAGAUACAAACAGAACUCAAAAUUCAAAUAAAGAAAUACCCGAAACAAAUUUCUCAAGCAUUAAUUCAAAUCAUUGGUCAUCAACUGAUCAAGGAAAUAAAAGUAAGAAAACCAGAAUGCAAAAACUGCUAAGCGUUCAAAAAAGAAAUGAUGAAGUUGAUGAAGAUGUUGAUGAGCAAAUACAUUCGGAAAAUCCUUACGGAGAUUUUUAUGCAAACGAAGUAGUGAUUCGGGACAUACCUCUAGAGCAACUGGAUACAUAUAUAGCUGAAAAAAGGAAGAAUAAAGAUGAUGGGUUUCAGAGGGAAUAUGCGACUUUGCCAUAUGGAGAAAGAUACAAGUGCGAAGCUGGAAAGAGAGAAGAAAAUCUUCUCAAGAAUAGAUAUAAGACAACGUUUCCAUAUGACCACUCCAGAAUAUUACUUAAAACUGAUUCGGCAUCUGAUUACAUAAACGCUAAUUACAUACAGGGUGCAAAGCAAGAACAACAAUAUAUUGCUGCCCAAGGACCAAAACAGAACACGGUAAACGAUUUUUGGACAAUGGUUUGGCAGGAACAUGUAUCCAUCAUUGUUAUGUUAACCAACCUGAAAGAAGGGAAUAAGACCAAAUGUGCGAAGUAUUGGCCGGAAGUUAACCAGAACAUAAUCUACGGAAAGAUGUCUGUGAAAAUGAUAGAGGAAAAGGAGUACGCAUUCUACAGUAUUCGUAAAUUUAACAUUAACGACAAGGAGUCAAAAAGGCCUCGUUUUGUAACACAAUACCAUUACACUGCUUGGCCCGACCAUGGGACUCCUGAACCUCUCUGCCUUGUUGUGUUCCUUUAUCACGUGACGAAAACAGGCACCAAUAAGAAUGACUCUCCAAUUGAUGUACACUGCAGUGCAGGAAUAGGAAGAACCGGGACAUACAUAGCAAUAGACGUUCUGAACAAGAUAGGAAGAAAGACAGGGAAAGUUAACGUCGCAGAGUAUGUCAAGAAGAUGAGAGAAAGCAGGAUGAAUAUGGUCCAAACCUAUGAACAAUAUAUGACCAUAUUUCUUUCUUUGAACGAAAUCUUCAAAUCGCCGGUGAUGGUCAAAACAAUUGAGGAAUUUACGGCAAAUGCAAACGCCAUGACAGUAGACAAACCAGCAAAUCAGAACACGCUUCGAAAAGAAUUUCAGCUUUUAAUGAAAAUACAACCUAAAUAUAAUGAAGAUGAUUUCAAGCUGGCAAGGGAUGGUUGUGGGGAUAUCCAUUCCAGUCGUUUAUUGCCACUGGAUAAAUACAGUGUUCAUCUUUCUUCUACCGUCCUUAAACGAGGAAACUUCAUCAAUGCAGUAUCUGUUCCAUCGUACACUAACAGUAGAGCGUUUAUUGUGACGCAAUAUCCGACGGAAGAGGACGCUGUUGACUUCCUGCGCCUGCUUAAUGAUCAUGAAUCUGACACUGUCGUCUGUAUGGAUCCUCUUCACGCGAUUGAUUCGAGUAAAACAUGGUUACCACGCCCUUCAUCUUUAAAUGCAGUACCCCCUUUCACCAUACAUAUUCAAAACAGAUCUGAAAGUGACCUUACCUGCACUACUCUUCACAUUCUGGAGAAAAAUAAUGAAGAGGAGGUUCAUACCGUGACAGUAAUAGAACCGAAGAUCAGCAUACAUUCUUCCGGAACCCCUCUUGACACAUCUCAACUUCGGAGUCUGGUCUCAGCCACACUAAAUAUUGAAACAGAAACUCCCAUCACAAUUGUUAGCAGGUUGGAUGGUGCAGCAUUAUGUGGGGUUUUCUGUGCCGUUCAUAACGUGAUACAACAGAUCAACAUGGAUGGUUGUGUGGACGUCUUCACUGCUGUCAGACAACUUCAAGUCAGAAGACCGGAGUUCUGUUCCAACCUCGAUGAAUAUCAUCUGGUGAAUAAAGCUGUUUGUGAUCAUAUUCAAUGCACUGGCACGAGUAUAUACUACAAUCAAUGAAAUGAAAUGACAGAUCUCAAGAAGGUCAAGAAGUGAACAAUUUACCCAAGCAUAAUCACGUCUAGAUUUGGUUUUAUUUAGACAGGAAAAAAAUACUUAAUUUAAAUUGGCAAUAUAUAGUUUGCAAAUGUGCUUGGAUAUCACAAUGUAUAAAGUGAUAAUUAUAGUAUCAAGGUAUAUGUAAAAUCGAUGGUUCUUGAAACUGCGCAUAUUUUGUUUAACAUGUAUUUUUAUUCUAUACAAUUA